AACGUGAGUACUCCGCUUGAGCUUCAGGCUUCGAGCUCCAGGUCGCGCCUCGAACCAUCCUGGCAUAGAUCACGCGACGAGUACUGAGACAAUGGCGGCCAGAAGCGUAAACGAGCCCAUCACCAUGGGAAACUAUGCAGACCUGCCUCCCGAGCAGCGCCCUGGCUACAUGCAGCAGGCUCAAGCGGCCGGCCAAUACCAGCCGCCCAUCACCUACACGCAGCCGGGCAACAUUCAAUACACGACGACUCCAAACGUGGGACAGCAGUUCGCAUACACAGCUACGCCCAAAGACCCAGCUUGGGGCUUCCAGUAUGCGCAAGCGCCCGAUAAGAUCACAUUCAGUGCGAAACCCGUCGUCAGCUCUGCCCAACAGCCGGCCAUAAAACACACAGCCCAGCCAACGACUCCCGCGUAUCCUCCACCGCCAGCGCAGGCUCAGUAUGCCGCCAACCCACAUGCUCCCGCGCCGCCGCCCGUGUCCCAGCCGCAGUACCCGCCGCCGCCUAUGGGCACGCACUCUCCACGUCCAGAGCACCACCGCGCACAGUCGAGCUCUGGGGCGACGAGCACCUACGAUGGUCGCAAGGUGGUCGAGAUGGUACCGGGCGGCGGAGGAAAGCUCAAUGCGCCGCCGUCGCCUGGUAUGCGCCCGCACAGUCUUUCAGUGGGCGGUGGAGGUCGACCUGACGGGCUCACGCAGCGCAUGGACAGGCUGUCUGUGAGCGGGAGCCGGCCAGACCUGCAGAACAUUGUCCCUGGAGGUAUGCCAGGAGGGUUCCCAGGCGGCGGUCUGCCUCCACCGAGUCCGCUGUUGGAGGCGUACCAGGGCGUGUACCAGUCGAUCAGCCCCAUGCCACAGGCUAUGAUGCUCGACGACGACGACAUCGAUCACCUACAACCCCUCGACAGCCUCUCCCCGCGUGAGUCCAGACAAUCCUUCCAAGGCAGGCAUCGCGCCCAUUCACGAUCAGGCCGCUCACCAAGCCCGCUUCCUCCAUCCAAGCACAAAGACAAGCUCGCCCUCGCAGCCUACAAUUCCUCCGCACGCGACCCCUACGACCCCUUCGAUGACCGCGACCGCGACCGCGAUCGCCGCGACAACGGCCGAAAAAAAGAAGAGCGCCGCGCCAGAGUCUACGACGCCGAACCCGACGCCCUCGCCAUCGUCGACGCCCUCUCCGCACGCACCCCCAACCUCGACACCCUCAUCGACAUCCUCCCCGUCCUCAGCCACGACCAGAUGCUCGAGCUGCGCACAGAAUACAAGCGCCACUGCAAGGUGCAAGGCCGCGGCAUCAACAUCGCAAAACACAUCAAACUAAAGACCUCUGGCAACUUCGGCAAAAUCGCAUACGUGACGGCGCUGGGGUGCUACGAGGGCGAAGGAUACUGGGCAAACUACUGGUACCAGUCCAACUCGGCGCGUCGCGAGCUGCUCAUCGAAGCGCUCAUGGGUCGUCAAAACCACGAAAUCAGGGCUAUCUGCGACUCGUUCAAGGACAAGCGCUAUUCAGACAGUCUGGUCAAGUGCAUGGACAAAGAGCUCAAAGCAGAUAAGUUCCGGAAAGCCGUGCUCAUGGCGCUGGAAGGCGAACGGCAGGAGGAGAGCGACGUGUGGCCCGUCGAGUACAGGAACCGCGAUGUAGACACGCUGUACAAGGCGCUGAAGGCGCGGGAGGGCGGCGAGUCGGCGAUUCUGGGCAUCGUGGUUAUGCGGUCGGAUGCGCAUUUGCGCGAGUGCCUGAGGACGUAUGAGCGGAAAUACCAGGGGAGUUUUGCAAGGGACUGUUUAAGGAAGAGUAACAACCUCGUCGGCGAAGUCAUAGCGCACAUCCUCAACGGCGUAAUCAACCGCCCCGCGCGCGACGCCAUGCUCCUGCACCACGCACUCAUGGACCUCAUCGAGCCGUCCUCCUCGUCCAACGGCCGUUCUUCACGCGAGAAUACCUCGUCAUCCAAACACGAACGGCAGCAGCGCUACGAGCUUCUCAUCUCCAGACUCGUGCGCUUGCACUGGGAGCGCAUGCACUUGGCGCGCGUCAAGAGCGAGUACGAGGAGAAGUACGGGAGGAUGGUGGAAGAAGAUGUUGAGGAGGCGACGAAGGGCGAUUUUAGGGAGUUUUGUAUUGCGUUGUGUCAGACGGGGAGGUAGUUGUGGACACCGUGAAGAAGGAUGUGGAGAGAGAUGAUAUUGAUACCUCAGCAUGACUAAAAUGAAUUAUGGCAGAGCCAUUGCG